UGCUGUCAUGUUAUCUAUUUUCCACAGCGUAUGACUCAACUAACAAUAACGUUAGUCUGAUCUCGAACUCCGUUAACUACGGAGCCCAUUUGAUAUAGGACAGGUCCAUUUAUAAUGUAACAAAGUAUUCAAGUUUGAGUCUAAACUAUGGCGAAAACCAAGUGGAAUAUCCUUUUCGCCGCAUUUGUCCUGUCUUGUCUUUCGCUGGCAACUCUCAUCGUGGCGUUCUGCACUCCAUAUUGGAUUACCUCGGAAGCAAGCGAAAAGACUGCCUUCAAAAACAGUGAAAUACAGUAUGGCCUUUUUACUGGAUCGCUCACUAGGAACGUACUGAUCACCCCAGUACCAUACGACCUCACAGUUAUCUGUUUGUACGAGCAUAAUGCUUGCAUCUACAGCUGUCAAAAUGAGGAGGAGAAACGUGAAUCAGAAUUAUUGGCGCUCUUAGCGGGUGAGGAACCUGCAGAAUGCCCCAUAUCGAACGUAAAGAUUCAAGCCACAGCCGCGAGCACUGAGCAGAGGUAUCACAUUUCUGGAAGAGCUGUAUCAAAGGACAGUUUCAUCAAUGCCGGUCUUUGGUUAACUGCGGUGAUAUUCCUUGGCGUUGCUACGGCAUUCGCUGGUGCAUCGGCCAGUUUUGCAAUUAUCAACGUUCUAUUCAACCCUGUGGAACCCUUCUUCAGCGUGUUUGGGCUAUACAUUUGGAACGGAAUCGUGAUCGGGGCGACCGUGCUGACCAUGAUUAUGUGGGGUGCCCUGUACGGAUCGUACCUAAGCGAAAACAUAGCUAUUACGGAUACAUUGACACCAGAAGCCCCGUAUAGUUCGACGAAUCUGGCCUCGUUGGGAGCUAGCUAUUGGGUAUUAUUUAUUCCGAUUUUGUUGCAUAGUGCCAAUAUAGGACUUCUGUUGUGGAGGCAGUACGAAAUUAAUAAGGAACCCCCACCGACGACAAUCGACGUUGAUAGGUCGGAUCUGACAAUUAUUAUGUAUUAGAGAGGAAAGCUUAGUAGAAGGGGCAUCUCUAAAUUAGUUAUGAGUUCAGAUUUGAUACAUAUAAGGACUGUUUGAACCUUCGAAGAAACAAUGUUACCUUGAAAGAAUGGUGCAAAAAUACUUUAAAGUACAUAAGUUAUGAACUUCGGAGUUCUGAAUAUUAAAAAAAACUAAAAUUCAA